AUCACGGGGGUCUCUCUCUCUCUCUCUCUCUCUCUCUCUCUCUCUCUCUCUCUCUCCCCCCCCCCCAUCGAUUUAUCACCCAAUAACUCCUCCACCCCCUCCCCAUCCAUUUACCUGACCAUAGUGUUCCUGUGUUUCACCUGCCCCUGGGAUUGUCCAGUUUUAUGCCGAUUUCGCCUCCCGUCAUGGUUUGUCAGACGAAGAUCGUAGCGGACGAGGAAAUGCCCGGCUCCAAGAACGACCCGAUCGUCUCCUCCAGCCAGAUGUGGCCUCCGCCGGCUGCACAGCCGCCCGCCGUCCCCUCCCCGCCCGCGGCGCCGCUGGAAGGUGCCCCCGGCGAGCCGCGUCUGAAGCGGGAUGCCGUCUUUAUUCGGGAGUUUGAGCUCAGCGACCGCGACAGCGUGCGCCGCAUCUUCUACGAGGGUAUCAUGGAAAGGAUUCCUAACACGGCGUUCAGAGGGUUAAAACAGCAACCCAGGAUCCUUCUGCUUUACUUGUGUCUGACCGUAAUGUGCUUUUAUCUGACCAAGUCCUUGCUGCUGACCUGCUGUGUGCCCAUCUUACUGUUGGGCUCGAGAUACCACUACAGUAGGAAAGUUAUCGUCAGCUAUCUUGAGUGCGCACUGCAAACCGACAUGUCAGAUAUUGAGCAGUAUUACAUGAAACCAGCAGGCUCCUGCUUCUGGGUGGCGGUCCUGGACGGGAACGUGGUGGGCAUCGUGGCUGCCAGAAGCAACGAGGACGACAACACGGUGGAACUGUGCCGCAUGUCGGUGGACUUUGACCAGCGAGGGAAGGGCAUCGCCAAGGCGCUGGGCCGCAAGGUGCUGGAGUUCGCCGUACUUAACAACUACUCGGCCGUGGUGCUGGGCACCACCGCCGUCAAGAUGGCCGCCCACAAGCUCUACGAGUCACUGGGCUUCAGGCACGUGGGCGUCACCGAACACUACGUGCUCCCGGGGAUGACUCACUCGCUGCUGGAGAAGGUCUUUUUCCAAGUGCGCUACCAUCGCUACCGGCUGCACCUGCGCGAGGAGUGAAGGCGUCACUCAUAACCCCCUCCUGCUCCUCCUCCUCUUCCCUCCUCCUCCCUCCACCCCCUCUCCCCUCCCGCCAGUGCACCAAUCCCUUUCCCCCAUCUCCCACCCCCUUCCCACCCACCCCCCCCCCCCCCCCACCAUCCUCCCCUUUCCAUUUCUGUCCUGGAACGAGGGAUUCGGGAUAUCCCCACGGAUGGUCAGAGGGCCCUGCCUGUAGUGACCCACCUGCCUUGGCAUUGCUGGCCGCCAUGUUGAUUCUGCCUCGCCCUCAAUGCUACCACCGGAGAGUCUGGGUGAACCCUAGCGGGGAGGAGCCCCCCCUCCCCCUUUCCCCCUCCCCAGAAAAACACCAUGGACAGACCGUGGGAUUCAGAAGCUGUUGCCAAGGGAUCUUCGAGUGAGGUGUCCAACUAACCCCAACCCAUUGCAUAGGCUCUACGCCUGUUACAGCUGCAGGCAAGAGGUUCAUCAGUCACACAGUGUGGAGACGGUAACAAACACUGCAGAGGUGACGUGUGUGUGUGUGUGUGUGUGUGUGUGUGUGUGUGUGUGUGUGUGUGUGUGUGUGUGUGGGAGGAUGGGGGGUUGACCACUGGGGGAUUGAUCCUUGCACAUGUAUUUAAUCCCAUCCUCCUCCCAUCCAUUGCCAUCACCCCAACACCCACACAGUUCUUGUCACCACUACUUAUCGUUAUGAUCUCGAAGAUCAAAUUAUUGUCGGGGGGAGUGUUAAGGAAAAAUAGACAUAAAACAAGCCUGGCUGUGCUCUGUGGCUCGAGGGGUGUAAGAGCAGUGCCAGCGAUCUGCAGAAAGGUCGCGUGCCUGACCCCGGCUAACUUGCCCGUGUGCUUUGAACGGGCAAAGUUCCGAAAGGAAGAUAAAUAUUCGGAUGUACCACAACUUGAGAAAGAGAGAGAGAGAGAGAGAGAGAGAGAGAGAGAACAGGGUGCAUCCAACACCAUUGACUGUUAUUUCCAUUGUCUUCACAAGCCAACAAGAUUCAGUCAGUUGCUGACCCCACAUUGCAUAUUGUAAAAUAACCAUUUCAUUUGCCUUCCCCUCGCCUUCUCCCCCAUUCCCCUCCAUUGUACACAGGUUAAACCCUUUGCAUGUGCUCUGGAAUAUCUAUGCUGCUUUGAGUUUUAUUUUACUGCCUCUCUUUGAACCGUUUUUAUUCCUGCUUGCGCUGAAUGAUGUCAUUUGAGCAGAUGGAGGCUGUGGUUUCUAUGGAAAUAGAUCUCCCCACCACCGACACCCACACCCCCUCCACCACUACCACCACUAACAUCAAUGAUAAAAGGCAGAGUCCAAAAAAUGGCAAGUAGGGGAGAGUAGAAGUGGCUCUUGCAAAUAAAAGAGAAAAAAAAUACAUGCUGUUACAACACAAAACAACAUAAGCAAAAAAAAACUUAUUAAUUACUAAUAAUAGUUGUGAUUGGUCUCUGCAGCCUUGCUUAGUGUUGCUAUGGUAGUUGCUUUAAUGACAUCAAACUUGUGACUAGUAGAAUGCAGAAGCAAUGCAAUUGGCAUGUGUCUGUACCUAGUGUAUGUGUACAGUGCCUGCCUGAAUAUUGAGGCAAAGGAUAUAACUCCUUCCUCAUGAAAUAAAGACGUGUAUAUUUUAACAAAAACCUUUUCUUCUGCAUGCCGGAUGUCUGUCUUGAAUUCAGAAAAUCAACACAAAAAGGGGUAUCUGAAUUUUAGUUUUAACAAUGGAAAUGUGUAAAUAUAUAUAUAUAUAUUAAAACAAAAGCUUUCUGGAAAUGCACUUCAGGACUUCUCAAGAGAUGCAGGGCCCUCGGUGAUUUGUAAAGGAAGAUGUUUGUUUCUGUAUUUUCUAAUAGAAAUGAAGUCUGAUGUGUGUAAAAUAAGAUACUUUUUCACAAAGUCAUUCCUGUUUAAAGGACAAAGAUUGGAUUGCUUUGUUUAUUUUUGGUAUAUUGCUGUGUUCAGAGAAAUAUCAAAAAACAGUUGGCACAAGUAAAUUUUGUUUUUUAAGAUUCAGAUCUUAUUGGCAAUGAGUAUUUCUUAGCUUUUAAUGUUACAGAUAAGCUGUGGAAAAUUAGAAGUACUUCUGACGACUCACAUUAGUCCAAAUUAUCCUUUGAGUCAUUUUCUGUGGAUGGAUUUCACCUCACUGGUGAUCCUUGGCAUGGUUCUCAACUCAGUAUUUGGUCUCCAGUGGCUGUUAUACCCAAUCACAAUCAACAUCUGUGCAUGGUAGUCAGUAGGACCUUGAUGAAUUUUAUCUUUCUGAAUUAAAUUUCGUAACCACAGAGUAUUCUGUUUCUCUCCCCAGCCUUUCCAGAUCACUGGCCAGCAGCUGUUGUGGCAUGGUAGCAUAAUGGUUAAAUUACUGGAUUAGUAACCAGAGAUCUGGACCAAUGAUCCAGAGGCAUGAGUUCAAAUCCAACCACGGCAGCUGUGGGAAUUUGAAUUAAAAUAAUUAAAUCUGGGUUAGAGACAGGAAUUUCGCCUCGUGUUGUGAAACUCCAUCUGGUUCAAUAAAGCCCUUUGGGAAAGGAAAUCUGCUCUUCUGACAUGUGUGACCUACCAAUGUGGUUGUCUCUUAGCCUCCUUCGUUCAGGGGCAAUUGGGGAUGGGCAGUAAAUUAUGUGUCCGCUUCUUGUGAAGAAUGAAGUUUAGUUAUACCCGAAAUGGGAGGUUCAAAAAGCCUGAUAGGUGACAGAUAAUUGAGACCCACACCUCAAGUAGCCUGUGAAUGAAUGACAAUCUGUAGCUCGGCACCUUCCUCAGUGUGUGGGGGCAGUUUUGAUUUCCCAAGAGGUGUCCUCACAAUAGCUUUUGCCAUAACAUACAUUACAUAUGUGUUCCUUUAAAUACAAACUGACUCAAGCUUAAGGUGAGUCGAUUAUCUUGCAUUCAGCAGCAUCCUGCUUUGUAGAGUCCCCAGAGUUACCCUGUUGGUUUGAACUCACGGAUGAAUUCCAGGGGGUUGCAAUCUCCGGAGAUUUAGCCAGUUAUUCCAAAGCAGUGUUCCCUGAGCUGUUACACACACAUCCAGAAGUACAAGGUGAUUUUGAAUGUUCUUUUCUGUAGACCAAGGCAAACCUUUGACUUUAGUGUAAUUGGUCUUAGUUCAAAUUGAUAGAAAAAUCAAAUUAAAGGCUUGAAGACUUUUGGUCACUGGACUCUUGUCAGUUAGGAUUUACACCUUUAUCAACAACUCUCCCAACUGCUUCCAACAGCUCCCAAUUGAAAAGAAAUUAUCCUCGGCUUUUGUUGCCUGUCCUCAGCGAUGACUCUUUCCUAACCUCGGAGUAACUACCCUUUGCUCCCUGCUCUGGGGAAUUAGGAGGAAACCUUCUUAGUCUCUGGUCUUGAUCUCUCCGCAGGGUGUGUGAGGAUAAAGGACUGAGUGAAACAGAGUGACCUGGAGAUAGGUUAGGCAGUUGCGGAAAUGCAAGGCAAUUAUAUGUGUAAAUGCUGAUUGUCAAUUGGCAUGAAAGAAAUGCUUUGAAGGACUGUAAUGCAUGUAUUGCAGUGUGCCCAUGUAUAAAUUAAGUUGGGUUGUGGACAUUUUCACACAUGAGACUGAUGCCCAAAGAUUACACCUUGGGGAUUAUGAAGGCAUCCAGUUCAUAUCAUUGGAAUGACUAAUGGGUCCUUGGUGUUGGUUGGGGAGGGGUGGGGGCAAGAGAGAGAGAUGGACUGCUGUUGGAUAGUGGUGAGAUGGGUAUGAACAUAGAUGGGGGAGGGAGAGAGGGGCCCAGGAUUAGGCAGUGGUGGGUGGGGAGAGAAGACGUGACUAGAAUUGGGCAUUGGCAGAUGAGAUGG